CGUCCUUGCCUCCAGUGGGGAUUGUUUUGCCAGCUGAGCUCGCUCUCUAGAAGCUGGUCGCUGCUCCGGGCAUCUUCAGCAGGUCUUGGAGCAGUGCAAAGAAAGCAUCGGAGAGGGAUACUUUUAGAUCCUCUUUUUGCUCAGAGAUCAAAAACACGCUGUGGUUUAAAGGCCAUUAGCUUGCUGGGGGUGUUUAAAAAACUUAAAUAAGGGUUGAGAGUGUUUGACACAAUGGGAUGCAGCGUUUUUGCAGAGGUGAUGGCGGUUUUUGGGCUGAGGAUCGUAGUGGAGACCCCAGGAGGAGCCUGCCCACAGGAUUGCUGGAGCCGGGCAAUCUGGCCUGUUUAGCUGCCACGUGGACAACCAGCAGGGCCGGGGCGGACGGUCCCCCGAGUGGGCGCGUUCGCAUUGUUCACGGGGUGACGUCUGUCAUAAUGGCUGCGGAAGAGGCGCGGGAAGAGAGCGGACGAGAGAUCCGCAUGUCAGACCAGAACAGCACCGACGAUGGGGAGUCAGACCCCCAGCACAGCCUGUCUAUGGUCUUCCUCCUCGUUCUUGUCUUCUUCAUCAUGGGGCUGGUGGGUUUCCUGAUCUGCCAUGUUCUGAAGAAGAAGGGUUACCGGUGCCGGACUUUCCGGGACGAGCUCGACCCAGAUAACAAAGACGUGCUGGCAGAGCUCCAGGCCAAUGAAGAGGACGAGCUGAACGAGGACACCGUGGAGAAGAUUGUGAGAUGCAUCAUCCAAAAUGAAGCAAAUGCAGAGGCCCUCAAGGAGAUGCUGGGGGACAAUGAAGGGGACAUCCCAGUGGCAGUGCCCAGCCUCUGUCCCCACCGCAACAGCCAGGACGGGGGCCCCCCACAUCACCACACGGUGCAUCUGGGCUCCACGCAGGCCCCCUGCAUCCACUGCAGCAAGAGGAAGAGGCACCCACUGCAUCGACAAGGACGGUCCAAGGAUGGCAAAGGCAGGAUGCAUCCUGGAGAGACCACUGUCUUCUCAGUGGGCAGGUUUCGUGUCACACACAUCGGGAAGAAACCCACUUUCCACGAGCAGCAGGAUGGUCCCCUGCCUGACAGUGGCCAGGAGCCGAGCACAGAGGAGCUGGAGCACAGCAGCGACCGGCUCCAGCGGGAGCGAGCUCGCAAUGGGACUGUCCCCGCGGGUGGCCGGCAGAACGGAGCCGUCCAGAAGGGUGCCCAGAGCAGCAAGGGCGGGGAGCAGAGCCGCUCCACCACUCCAGCCCUGAACACACCAGCCAGCUCCAGCACUCGUGACAGCAGACGGGUGGGCAAGGGGUCUGGCGUGGCGGGCUCGCUGCAGGAUGCUGGCACCGCUCCUGGGAGCGCGAGCCGCCAGCGGAAGCUCCUGAGCCAUCGGGUGCUGGGAGGGUCGAGUCCCAGCAUCCCGGGAGAGCUGGUGCAGGAAGGAGCCAGCAUCUGCCUGGAGGAAACCGGACUGGGAUCAGCAGAUGAAGUGUCGGAUAUUCAUGGGAGCCUGAGCCUGCACGAACAGGUUGAGGAGUUGGGACAAGAUGACAGCAGCAGAAAACAGCCCGGAGUGGAGGACAUGGGGCAGCAGGAGCCCAGCGCCAUGGUGCAGGACCGAGGAGCAACUGUGUGACCUCCUCUCCGCUCCUGGCUGGAGCAUGGAUGGGAGGUGCACGGCCCCUGGCCCCCAUGCCAGGCUGGGGGAUCUGCCACCGGGGGGGGAACCGUGGGGCAGCCGGCCCCAGGUGGGCAGCUACACGCUUGGCAUGGCCGGAGCGACGCGCCGACGUUACAGACAACUGCACUCGGCGCCAGACCUCAUCCCAUUGGCAAUAGGUACCAGGAACCCCACCCACUGCACCCACCCUGGAGACCCCCCCCCGGGGGAGGACGCACGACGAGCCUCGGGCCUGGCAGGGGCAGGACAGUACCCGGUGCCCGCUGCCCACCUGGCCCCCGCAGCCCCCCAGCGCUGGAGGAUGGAUGCAGCAGAGGGGGGCUGCAGCGACGUGCAGGGAUGGAGGCAGUGGCUUGAGCCCCCACCCACCCGGCACACCCAGCGCAGAGCACAGCCCCCCCCACCCCCGGGCACCCCUGUCACGCAGGGCGGUCACAGGCACAAAUCCUGCACCGGCGAGGGACCCUGCAGGUCCCUGAGAAAUGCUGGAGGAGAGAGGAGCUUCCAGCCCUGUCCUGGCUCAGGAAGGGCCGGAGCUCAGCCCUGGGGGGCAGGAUCACACCCCGGCAGCGGACAGCACCUGUGCCCGCAGCGAGCUUUGGUGUGUGACCGCACUGUACAUAGACAAGCUAAAACCAUUAAAGCUGCUGAACCCCUCGGCA